UGCGAUGACAAGAUAAAGAAGCUCGGACUGGGAGACAACUCGCAGUAAGACCCGGCGGACACGCAGAUGGUAGCCUCCGUGCCAGACCCUCCGCUCUCGCUGGGCUUCGCUCGUUCGCUCGCUCGCUCGCUCUUCUGUUUUCUCCUUGCCUGCUCCUCUCGUUCGCUCAGCGAGUCGCUCCCUUUGCCUCUCAUCUCCGUGCUGUAAGUGGAGCGCUGACUGGCGCGUCCAGUCUGUUUGAACAACGAUAUGGAUGCGGAAGGAUUUUUCAGACUGGUUAUAAUCUAUUUGUCCUAGGAAAAGUGAACCCAGAUGUGCAGACCAGUGGGAUUAAGAGAGAGCGCGGCGCAAAAUGAAGACACCCAUGAGGCAUGGAGUAGCAUUGUUUUUAGUGAUUACCAUGUGCACAAGCUUGCUGGUCGUAUACAACAGCAGAGGAAACGGCAGCAGCAACAACAGCAGCAGCUCACAAAGAGACCAGCCUGUUGUUCAACACAAGGAGGAAAAACAACCGGUGCAAAUUGCCACUACAGCGAUGAAAACCUCGGCACCUCCCCUGCAAGGAUAUCUCAGCAUCAUAGAUCACAAGCCCCUGAAAAUGCAUUGUUCCAGCUGUGCCCUUGUGACAAGCUCGGGGCAUCUUAUUAGCAGCAAGCGUGGGAAAGAGAUAGAUCAGACCGAGUGUGUCAUCCGGAUGAACGAUGCCCCCACCAAGAGCUACUGGAAGGACGUGGGACAGAAGACGAGCCUUCGCGUCAUCGCUCAUUCCAGUAUGAAGCGAAUUUUGCGGAACCGCAGCGAGCUCCUAAACGUGAGCCAGGACACCGUUUUCAUUUUCUGGGGUCCAAACAAUUACAUGAGGAGGGAUGGGAAAGGGCUGGUGUAUAACAACCUGCGAGUGAUGAACCAGGUGCUGCCAAAGCUGAAGGUCUACAUUAUUUCACGACAGAAGAUGCAGCAGUUUGAUGAACUUUUCAAAAGGGAAACCGGAAAAGACAGACGAAUAUCAAACUCCUGGCUGAGCACCGGCUGGUUCACAAUGACGAUAGCCCUGGAGCUCUGUGACAGAAUAAACGUCUAUGGCAUGGUGCCACCAGACUUCUGCAGGGAACCUUACCAUGUGUCAGUCCCUUACCAUUACUACGAGCCCUCAGGACCUGACGAAUGCACAAUGUACAUUUCCCAUGAACGAGGCCGCAAGGGAAGCCACCACCGUUUUAUCACAGAGAAGCGAGUUUUUGCCAAAUGGGCACGAACCUAUAACAUUUUGUUUUACCAGCCAGACUGGAGUCCAACAGCAGCUUCGGUAAACAGGACCACAAUGCUUCCUGCUUCUUAAAGGCCAUGCUGCUUCAUCCUGGCAGCUGAGCAACUUUGUUUUUAAGGUUAUUGGGUCAUUUAUCAUUCUUCUACUGUUACAGCCACUCUGGAUUAUGUGAAUGAAAGCACUAACAGCUCGUCAUUUGGCACAUUCAUCUCCCAAACUGCCGCUACUGAGAUGUUGCUUUACAAAAAAAAAAAAAAAACAUCCAGCAGGCAGUGUUACUAAAUUUUCUGGGCUCACAGCACUGGAGCACUUGCUGCCACAUCCAUUUGGAGAGCGGGAGCAGCUUGCUUUAGAUCAUUUAAUCUCUCGGUUGUCAGCCUGAGGAUUGCGUACACGGUAAUGUUUUUUCACCCAAGGAACGAAAGAAAAGUAAUUAGUUUAUGGGUGAUUAAUGAUGCUCCGGUCUGUAUUUCUGGAUGCUGUCAGAGCAAAUAAGAGUCAUGUGGUGAAUUUCAUGUGUGACGUUACUGGUGGCACUUGUGACUGGACUUGCUGGACCUAACAGCUUGAAUCUUUUCCUUCCUGUCCCCUUCUCUCUUUACAGUUCAAAUUAAUUCUUCAUUGGAAUGAUGUGUAUUUGUGUUACCAAAGUGUUAAUAAAACAUCUAAAUACUUCUAAA